AUGGCAUGGGCAUACAUCUUGUUUACCUAUCAAGCUCGUGAAGCCCUCCACGCUUUUCUACUUCAGACCCAGCUAGCCCAACUCAGGAAGGGAGAUGAUGAGACGGCAGAAUCCUACUGCAACAGGGCCCGCACCAUCCAAGCGGAGCUGCUGACCAUUGGACAGGAGGUCCACAUGGCCACGUUUGCCGCUCACGUGCUGAAGGGUCUUCCACCGGAGUACAGGCUUCUUCGCCGCAAGCUCGACAUUUCCAGCCCUGACAUGACGGUGGAACGUGUGUGCAGCGAGGUGUUGAUGGAGGAGCAGACUCUCUCCAUCGAACACAGUUACAAGCAGAUCACCAACGAUGCAUCUGCUUUCUCGGGCGCUGUCAACACGAUCGUGGCUACAACGAGGGUCAACGGGAAGGAAGGAAAAGGAGGGAAGGAGCAGACGGACAAGAAUAAGGAUGGAAAGCAGGAGAAGAAGCGAGGCCCCUUCAAGGGGCGCUGCUACAACUGCAAUGAGGAGGGGCACAUGGCUGCCAAGUGCCCCAACAAGAAGAAGGAUGUAACGCCCGCGGCAGCCGCAAACGUUGCUGAAGGAGACGGGAAGGGCGUGGCGCUCACCGUCGCGUGUUCGGCUGCAAAGCUGCUGGCCGACGACAAGGACUUGUGGUUCCUUGACUCGGGAUGCUCCCAACACAUGACCGGCCGCAAGGAGUGGUUCACGGUGAUCCGUGACCCAUCUGCAACGAAAUCCGUCAAAGGGUUUGAUGGUUCAAUGCAGGAAGUUGCCGGUGUUGGUGAGGUUUUGCUGGAGGGCACUAACGGCUUGCGUGUGACCCUACAUGAUGUCCUCUUUGUGCCAGGAAUGAAGGCCAACUUGGUCUCCCCUGGGCAGCUCUUGGACAAGGGAGCAAAGCUGCAAACCGAGGAAGGUGUCACUCGCAUCAUCGCAUCAGGAGGUCAAGUGGCUGCAACGGCACGAUACCGCCAUCGCCUUCACUGCCUUGACCUGAAACCGGGGCCAGCAAGGAACGGUGCAACGGCUGCAACGGCAUGCAACGGCACUGUGGCUGCAGCGGCAUGCAACGAUAUGGCGGCUGGAUCGGCAAGCAACGGCACGGCGGCUGCAACGGCAAGCAAUGGCACGGCGAAGGAGAUUGCUGAUGUGGCGUCAAGCAAGCCGGAAGCUAAGGAUGAAGCGGCCAGCCUCAAGACGUACGCGGUAGGCUCCAUGGCAACGCCCAACCUGUGGCACGCUCGCGUUGGACACGUCCACUUCGACGCGGUGAAGCGGACAGCCACGAGCGGUGGCGUGUUCGGUAUGGACCUGGAGAAAGGAGUCCCCUCUCUCUUUCCUGAGCCCCACGACCCCGAGCAGAAUCUGCCGCCACCACGUACUGUCAUCGUGGUCCCGGUGCCGUCCGUGCAAGGGGGCGAGCAACCCCUUGAUCGCUCGGUGGGCCCUUUGGGCAGCAAGGCACCUACUGCACCACCUCCUCUCGGUCCACCCUCCAUUGCUGAUUCAGCGCCCGUGGGACCAGAGGAUGGUUCCCUUGAGGACAGGGGCGACACGGCUGCUCUUGAGGAGGAAGGAGAGGUCGCAGUGAAUGAGCAGCCGCCAGUGGCCCCUGCGCAUGAGCCUUCACUUGCAGCUCCUCCCAUCCAGCCCAUUCCACAACCCCCACGUCGCUCCAGCAGGCUUAACAAGGGGGUGCCACCCGUACGGUUUCAGCCAUCAGCCCUGACGGCCCAGGAUACGGACGCGGAGGAGAACCCGUACGACAUGGCGUACCUUGCUGAGGACGACUGCGACACGGACAGCGAUGACGAAGUGGAGUACCCGGACGAGGAUGAGGAGGAGGAAGGCGCUUGGGGAGGUGUCAUCCUCGACCUGGCAGCUGCGUCGUAA